ACUACCAUGGUAACAGCCAGCUAACCGCUUGUGGCAUUGAUCUUCUCAUGGAUAUUGACAAAAAAAUCUGUUAAACAGAAUGUCCAACAACUGUGAUGAUUGCAAUGAAUCUAAUUUGAAGAAUAAAGAACAUGAAGCAUCGCUUUUCGAACGAUGGCUUCAAGAAGCAAAGGAAGCAGAUCUCUGUCAGAACUUUUUAACAUUACAGCCCGAAGGAGAUAUUUAUCAAAAUGAUUAUACAAGAUUUACUGACUUUGAAAGGUUCGCAUGUAUAGGUAUAUUGAAUGAAAUGAUCGACAAACUGGCAAUAAUAGGAGCAGACAGACCGAACGUCGACUCACCAGAUUCUGGAGACAUAGCAAAUACUGAUGAGAUAAUAAAGCAAACCAAUAAAUUUCAACAAGACAGAUCUCGAUUGGAGUUUAUAUUGAAAUUAAUAAAAGAUGAGCUUUAUGAGAACAGCAGUGUUGAAACACUCACACAAUAUUUAAUAUCAGAAGAAAAUAAAAUUAAAGAAGAACAUGCUAUUUGUUCAAUGUAUGAUCAGUAUUCACAAUCACUUCAAACGUUGAAAAAUGUAGCCGAAAAGAGUGAUUAUCUUACAAAACAUGUUAUAAAAAGGCAGACGAAGUUAUUAAACGAUAUCGAGGGAGAGCUUCAAGAGAGCAUGUUCCAUUAUGGAAUCAAAUUAGGCUACAGUAGAAAGUUGCAAGAGGCAAGGCUGGAGCAGAAUACGCAUCGAAUUCAGAUGGAAGAAGGAGCCAUCUUGACCGAAUCGGAAGAUCUGAAGUCAAGAAUGUCCCAAGAAGGAAGAGUUCACAGGGAUAUCAUGCUAUACCUCAACAUGAGCAUUACUAAACUGAAUAAAGAUAUAGCUAGCUGGAAAAAAAGAUAUGCAAUUGACAUAGCUGCUAAAAAUAAGCAGAUCUGUGAGAUAAAAAAUAAAAAAACAGAGGGUGCUGAAAAAAUUAAAACACUAUUAAAUACAUACAUGAAACGACGUAAAGUCAUACAAGACUACCUGGAGGAGAAGAGGAUCAGAAUCGAAGCUGAGGAAUUGAAAAAGUCCCAGGAAAGAGCAGCCACAAAGAUUCAAGCAUGGUGGAGAGGUACAAUGGUGAGGUGGAAACUCGGCGAGUAUGCAGAGAAAAAGAAAAAGAAAAAGGGGAAGGAAAAAGGGAAGAAAUAAAAAACAAAAACCACACUUUUAUAAAUUUGGAAUAACUUCUUGACUCAAAUUAUACGUUUAUGCAUAAUGAAAAUGCAUUUAUUUUCAGUUAUGAAAAAACUCAAUAUUCCGUAU